UUUUUUUUUACUUUUUAAAUAAUGUCCUUUCCACCACCUAUUCACUCACCUAUCAAUGGAAAAAGAAUAUAUGAAACUUACCUAGAUAGUGCGAGGUGGACAGUAGAUAAUACCGAAAGUAGAUACCAACGUUUAUUAGACACUCCAGGAAGAAGAAGUAUUCUCAAGGCACAUACACCACUUAGAUAUAAUUCACCAUUAUUUCAACACGAACAAGAGUAAGUUCAUCUUUAUCUUUGUAUCUUCUUAUCAUUAUUUGCUAGAAAGAGACGUGAACGACUAGAAGAAAAAAAAAGAGUAAGCUUUGCACCUGAUGCUCACUUAAGAGUAUUUAGAGAAGAUUCACCUGAUAUCAACACUCGUAAUGUACCCAACAUCAUUGAAGAAACAGAGCCUUCCAUGUUAAUGAGUGACGUGUUUGGUUCUUCUCCUUUAUUCAACCACCAAGAUACCAAAAGCCCUGUUUCGAGAAUUAUAGGAUCACCUUUGGAUCAAAGAAAAAGACGACCUGAUUUAUUUGGAAGUCCACCUAGUAGCACAAGAAGUAUUCGACAAAGAACAGGUGGCCAUCCACCAAGUUUGUUGCAGAGGAUGUAUGAAGAUGAUCAUGAAGACGAGACGAAUGUGACAGUCAGUAAUCAAGGUGAAUCUGAUUUAAUGCAGUAUCUCGGUCUUCAACAUCAACAAGUGUCACGUGGUUUGUUUGAUGAAGAGGAAGAAGAGGAAGAGGAGGAACAAAACAAGCUAGAAAAACCCUCUCAGGAAGACAUGACAACAGAUAGUAUGAUGAUCACUCAAGUCAUUAAACCCCCUAAAGUAGAAAAAAGAGCCUCAGCACCGUCUGAUGAUCAAAUGGAAGUUGUUGAAGAGUAUGAUGUACCACUGGCACCCGAAGGAGACGACGAUUCAAUGCAGAUUACACAAGAAAUAUCGUCCUUUCAUAGAGAACCCAGCAUCACAUUCAGCCCACUUCGCCCAUCUUUACCACAAGACUCUCCAUCUGCAUCGCCUAUGCGUUCACGGUCAUCUUCAAUCUCUUACAGCCCUUUCCGUCCGCCCUCCAUUUCCAAUCAUUCACUUCGUUCACAAUCCAUGCCAUACAGCCCACUUCGUCCUUCAUCCACAGCAUUGACAGCAUCACCAUCCAAGGCCUUUUCAGCCAAAAGCCCCUCAUCUGCAUAUUCUCCUAGCAAAUCGUUUUAUUUACAUGAUAAAUCACCUAGUUUACACUCUAGACGUAGUCUAAGCGUUGAAUCAGACCAUGUCUUUUCUCAUGAUAAUAAUACAAACCUUUUAGAAGAAGAGUUUUCUGGCCUUUACGAUUCAUCUAUCGACAAUACUGUAGUAGACACAAACAUUAGCUUGCUAGAUUUUCUUAGAUACGUCGGCAUUGAUUUUCCAGAGCCUGUGGUUCCAAAACUAUCUAUACGUGAAACUGAUUUUGAUGCAGAUGACAAAAGUACAUCUGAAGCGCAACAAGCUAUUGCAUAUACAUGUAUAUUACCGCAACUUGAAUUUUUUGAAUCGGCAAUUGUUCAGAUCAACAGUCUAAUUGAACGAUCCAAAGAAAAGAUUGAAGGCAUUGAACAAGAUAUCAAUCAAGCCAAUCCUCAAUUCUUUUCGGAAUUUAGAGAAGGCAGUGUAGAACUCCGGUUAACAAUGGAGCGUCGAUUUGAAAAGCUUAAAGAAUAUGCUCGUUUAAAAGCCACAAUUGCAUGGCUGGAAUGGUUUUCCAAUACAUGGACGCCACUGAUAGAUACACUUGAAGAGCAUCGUAAUAGCUUAGAAAAAGACCAGGAAUCGAUACGUCAAUUUGAAGACAUAAUUCGAGAAAGAGUGGCAGAUAUUGGUGCUUAUCAUACGGAAUUGUUACGAGUAUUGAAGGAAUUACAGGAAAAAGAGAUUAAGCAUAAUUCGCUGGACAGUAAACGAUUAAAAAAACUACAAGAAGAGAUUGAACAACAGCGCAAUACAAUGCAAAGUUACGAGAAACAAAUUGCGACGCUUGAAAGUGAAGAACAUGAGCUUGAGGAAAAGACAGUAUCACUAAAUGAACAAAAGCAAUAUUUACUUGAGUCUAUCGAAAACUCAAACGUUACGUUGCGUGAACAUCCUUAUGUGACAGAAAAAGAAUUUGUGGCUGCUGCUGACACAUACAAUCGAUGUAUAGAAAUUCAUGAUUACCAAUUAGAACAACAUAAUGAUCGCAUCAUGCAGUUCAGUAUGAGUGGUGGAAUCCAUAUCACUUGUGAUCGCAUACAAUUACAAAAUAGAGGCGAAAAGGCCGUCUUGAUUCAAUUGCUGGACAGUCGAGAACGAGAAUUAGGUCCUUUGGCCGAACUUGUGCAUGGUCUCAAAAUAGUUGUUCGAAACAAAUGGGACAUCAAUGAGAUCACACAAGAUAUUGCUAUAUACUGGAAUCGAGUAGGAAUGAUGCAAUAUGAACUAAAAGAGCUGCAACGAAGGUUUUGGGUCAAGAUAGAAGCAUUAGAGUUUGCUAGCCUAGUGGAUGAUUCAGGCUUUUCUUGUGAGAUUUGCAUGACGAGUUUUAUAGGAAAAGCAAAGUUUACAGUCGCAUUUCAAGUCAAACCAAAAGACGUGCUUAAUUAUCCUGCACUGGAUUUAAAUACAUUGGAAGUCAAAUUACAUUAUGGCGAUAUUACUCAGGAAGGACUAGAGUCUUCUUUAACAAAAGCUAUAGGUGAAACAGGCUUUACAAGUUUAGUUGAUACACUUAGAGACAUUCUUGAUCAAAUUUCAAUACCCAAAAAAUAAAAUAUAAAAGACCAGACCAAACUGCUCUUGUUGUUGGUGGUAUCAACUUGUA